UUGCGGAAAACACAACGUCGCGCGUCGUUUUGGUAAAAUAGUGGGAGGCGAAAAUGCAAACAAGGGAGAGUUUCCAUGGCUAGUUUCGAUAACCAGAAGAGGAGGGCAUUUCUGCGGCGGCACGGUUAUUACCAACAAGUUUGUUAUGACGGCGGGCCAUUGCCUCUGCACGGGAAUUGAAGACGAUGUCUUGAAACCAGCCAGUAUAAAAGUUACCAUGUCUCAACACGACUUGACCCAUAAAAAUACCGAUGCUUAUCAAAUGGACGUGAAAACCAUCACCAUUCAUCCAGGGUAUAUUUGCACUAGACCGAAGGAUGAUAUAGCUUUAUUGGAGUUACAGAACACUAUUCACUGGUCUGAAAGUGUUCUUCCUGCAUGUCUUCCAGUUGCAGCUAGCCAGAGAGAUUCUGAAAAUAUUCUGGCAACAGUUGCAGGAUGGGGUUGGACAAAUGAGGACAGUUCCAAAGGUGGACGUGCCAAAAAUCUUCAGAAAGCUCGUGUGAAUAUUAUCGAGACGAAUCAAUGCAGAACAUGGUACCAUUCCCAAGGAAAGAAAACUAAAAUACACGACAGCCACAUAUGUGCUGGAUAUGAACAAGGAGGAAUAGAUGCCUGUUGGGCCGAUAGUGGUGGUCCGCUCAUGGUGAAUACUAACCAGCAAACAAACCAGAUGAUGGUAGUUGGAGUAGUUUCCACAGGAAUCGGUUGCGCUCGACCUUACUUGCCAGGGUUGUACACAAGAGUGUCAGACUACAUUCCAUGGAUUAGAGAAGUUAUUGGAAACUGAUCAGCGGAACAGGAAUAUGUGUGGAUAUCUUGUCAAUUUAUUUAUUUAUUUAUUUAUUGUUAUGUUUUCAAAUGUAAAUUUUAUUCUAUAAGUACCUACAUUAGGUACGAUAAAAACCUCAGUUCAAUGAUAUUCAUUCAGUUGAUUGUUUCAGUUCAUUUAAGAAUAGAAUAAAUUU